AUGCCUGUACACGGACUUUUUAGACCAAUUUAUAUUGAGCCUCCUACACGUUCCAAGAGAUACAUAUUAUCGUUACCAGACGUCAUUGAAAGUAAUGAUAUUGAAGCAACUGAAACUAAUGACAAUGAUAACGAAGACAAACGAUCCGUAGAUGAAGAUGAAGUUCGUGAUAAUUUUGAAAAACGCCAUAUUGGGUCUUUGGCCCGCUUAGGUCUAUUGCCCUCUUUUAGAUUCUCAGGAAGUCGUUAUAGUAGAUCUGGAAGAGCCAGACUGUUAUUACCUAGUCAGGAGUUAUACAGGAAGCAUUCCGCUGACGAGAAUUUCGGAAUUAGGGAAUAUUUCUAUAGUCCCGAAGCUGAUGCAACAGCCGAUUCAAACGACGCCGACUUACCGCUGCCGCCAAUACUUGCUAACACGCACCCGACCGGCCGGUACCUCCACCGAUCGCUAAAUGACCUUCCAGCAUCGUCAAGUUCCCUCUCACAAAAUCCUUCGAAUUCUGUUGAAACAUUUACUAAAAAUAACUGGCAGCCAAACUCGAAGGAUGCUCUGAGUUUACCUGUUGAUACUUUAAGCCAAUGGCCGACGUAUCCCAGAAGAAAUAUUGCAGCUCUUGCCAGAGAUGGAUAUCUUAAAAGCGCUUCUCCAGGAUUUAAGAGAAGCAUAUCAACGCUAGCUAAAAACGGCCAAUUGCCUACAUUCAGAUCUCCAAAUGGUGAAGCAGAUAAGACAGAAGAAGACGACGAUGAGGUUCAUGAUAAAAGAAACAUUGCGUCUAUAGCUCGUCUUCGUAGCUAUAGUGCUAAAAGAAAUAUUCAAGCUUUGGCUAGAGAUGGCUAUCGUGUUGGUAGGGGGCACUAUAAUCAGCCUAAUGAUAAGCGUAAUAUUGCCUCCAUGGCUCGCAACGGAAUGAUACACAAACGCGACGAAAUUAUGGGAGAUGAAUAUUAUUACCCAUUCUUUCAAAAUCCCCUGCCACCACUAUCGGAAAUUGAUGGCCCGUUCGAUAUGAAUGAAAUGUACGAUUUUAAACAAUCUAUGAAUCCUGACAUGCUACCCCCUUUAUCGCAAGUUUUCAAACGUAGUGUUGUUCAGCCUGUGGCAUAUCCAGAAAAUGACUAUGAAACAAAUUACGAUCGCAAUUGGUAUUUAAAAAGAGGCACUGUGGAUAAAGAUAAAGUUCAUGAUAAUUUUGAAAAACGCCAUAUUGGGUCUUUGGCCCGCUUAGGUCUAUUGCCCUCUUUUAGAUUCUCAGGAAGUCGUUAUAGUAGAUCUGGAAGAGCCAGACUGUUAUUACCUAGUCAGGAGUUAAACAGGAAGCAUUCCGCUGACGAGAAUUUCGGAAUUAGGGAAUAUUUCUAUAGUCCCGAAGCUGACGCAACAGCCGAUUCAAACGACGCCGACUUACCGCCGCCGCCAAUACUUGCUAACACGCACCCGACCGGCCGGUACCUCCACCGAUCGCUAAAUGACCUUCCAGCAUCGUCAAGUUCCCUCUCACAAAAUCCUUCGAAUUCUGUUGAAACAUUUACUAAAAAUAACUGGCAGCCAAACUCGAAGAAUGUUCCAAGGUUCUAUUAUUUUAGGUCACUGAAAGUCCCGUUCCAUUCAUCCGGGAAGAGAUAUUUACUUUUACCUGCAGUCGACAACAUAAUGCUAAGGAAAAACUACCGGAACAGCAGCCUUCCCAGUAGACGUAAGAACCAAUAG